UUAGAGCUCUCUUUUGAAAUUCUUCUAUUUCAUCUUCCCAAUCUCGGAACAUCCGCCGUUGAUCUCUCGCAUAUAACUUGGACCUUUCUCUUGUUCGCCAUGUUGAUCUCCCCGGCAAAGAUCCACGCUUCUCUAAGUGCUCUCUUAUCGUCAACGCCCGUUUCAGGACCACAUACAGCUCUCUUGAUAACCCCACAAGGGCAACUCAUUUCGGCUGCUUCUAUCCCUGCAGAUGAAGAUGAAGAAUCUGGGGAAGGUGAAGAAGGUGAUGAUGUUGCCAGAACAGGAGUGAUUACAGAAGAACCGUAUUUGGACCCUCCCGCGAGAUUGAGGUUAUUGCUCGGUUUGGCGAGUCAGUGGAAUCAAGGUGAAUCGCCAAAAAUGGAGUGUGAGCUUGGUAGAUUACACUUCACUUCUCUCCCAUUACCACCAGCCGAUGCUCCAUCACCUGUUGUCCUUAAAGAUAACCUUUUACCGGAAGUGAAACCAGGACGGAUCGAAAAGUUUCUGCUUGUGUUAAAUGGGAGAGGUACUGGAUGGGAUGUCCUUAGCCAAAAAGCUGAUGAGUUCAGGCGACACUGGAAGGUUUAGGUAGAUAGAUUGAAGAAGAAACAAAUAAGGGACUUUAAAGCCUACAGUUGUAUUCCCACGCAAAGUGUAUUCAUCUACUCAUGGUCGUUGCUUACUAUUCUAUGUGCUGGACACGCGACCCAGCCUGUGUCGCCGAAUAAUAUAAAGCUGAAAACGUACACGAUCAUAGGGUGCAGUUCGCACAACAUAUAGCCUCAUUGAUUUUGGUUUAACAUGCAUCACAUGACGAGAAAACGGC